AUGUUCUCCACCAAGCACCUCCUCGCCUUCGGUCUCGCCUGCACGACUGUCUCCGCCCAGGACUACAUCCAGUGCGAGACCUCCGACGCCAGCCCCAACGCCAAUGGCUGCCAGACGCUCGUCGACGCCUUCAAAGGCGGCGCCGACCCCAGCUGCGCGCGACCGCAUGGCUCCGGCUGCCACAACCUUGACGGCGCAGGCUCGGGCAAUACCCUUGGCUGCACCUUCGUUCUCUGUCAGCAGAAGGGCACGCAGCCGCAGUGCUCCGACCCCGCGAGCGCGGCUGACUUCACGCAGAAGCUCAUCGACAAGUGCGCGAAGGAUGGGAAGGUCGGCGGCUUCUACCACCAGGAUCUGGGCGACGGGCACUGGCUGAACUACGAGUUCGUGAAGCCGGAGUAG